AUGAUACCGCCCAGGAAUGUGCUCCUCAAAAUUGAGCGGGAGUUAACCAUUUUUCGCCAGCUGAAGAGACUAAAACGGAUUGACACUGAAACGAGGCGUCUGCAAGGAAAUGGCGAAGGGACAUUGGAAACGAGUAGCGCGCGCAAUAGGCACAAAGAUAGCAAGGUGUACCUCACAAGUAGCAAAAUAAGUAAAGACAACACACGUGUUAGUACUUCUAACGCAAAGGGGAAAAGGGAUGGCCGAUGGGAAGAUAGCACGGCCAACUACACAAAUCUGCACACACACAACCAAGGACAGCGUUACAAUAGCAAAAUUUUACCAAGCCUAUUGCAAAGUAUCAGCGAGGGUGGUCCCCCAAGUGGCAGCAAGAGUCAGUGGCCGAGCCCCCGCAGCGACCAAUCAGGAAGUACACACACACACGGAAAUGGAAACCCAAAUUUGUACAUUAACAAAUUGCACGACUAUCUGGACAUAGCGCAAAAAUCAGAAAAUGAAAAAAUAAAAAUUAAUAAAAUUCUAAACAGAUUGAGAAACGAAAAUUUAACCAUACAUGCUAUCCUAGAGGUGUUAAAAAGUUUGUGUAUCAUUUUGUUAAAGAGGACCCCUCAUCAUUUGGAUAAUUUAAUACCAGUAGAUUACUUGAACACAAAAAAUGCAGUGAAAAAGUACAACAGCUAUUUUGAGGAGUACUUUACACAUGUGGAGACGUACAUACAAAAUUACAUUUGCCUCAUUAACGAACGGAACAUUGUUGACCUCUUCAAAUAUAUGUAUUAUCUGAAUUAUGCUUUAAAUUUGGAGGUUAUGGAACUCCUGCUGGAAAGGUUCUACCUGCACGUAGACAAACUUGAUAAUUUGAAAACUGUGCAAAUAUUCUAUAUGGUCCAGUCCUUUUACAAGCACUUUUAUUCGAAGGAAGUGGACAGUUACCUCACCUUAAUGGUUGAUGAUAAGAUAAGUACAGCCUACAACGAUGACCUCGUUAGGGGAAAACCUACGUAUUGGAGUCACCCCUCGAAGGAUAACAAGUACACCUUUGGAGAUCUGUUUGACGAGACAUCCUCGAAAUGGACCCUAAGUAGUAACAGCAAUGGGCCGUUUCGAAGUGGUUCCGAAAUGGUGAAUGACAACUUCCUACGGAGAGAGUCCCCCCUGUGCAGCGAGCACCUAAAUCGGGGGUACAACGAUGGGUACGUAACAAAUUUGGUUACACCGAAUGACUCAAAUACGAACCCAGGAAGGAUCGGAGAAUCCGCCUUUUUGAAAUCACCUGACAGGGGUAACCCCAUGGAAGGAGUAGCAACGUCUAUACAGAGGCAAGAAUGUGGAGAUUCCUCAAAACAUACAUGUGACCCAACUGCAGAGAGGAAAAAACAAAUAGAAGAUGAUGAAAUGUUGACAAUUUUUAAGUACAUUGAAAAUUUUCACGACAAAAUGAAUUUUUACUACACAGAUAAAGUCAUGACUUUUGUGAAAAACAAUCGAAAUGAACUUCCCACGGAUAGUCUUUUAUGUGUAGCGAAUAUUUACCUAAACGGUGCUGACGAAAUGAUGAGCAGGAAUUUGACACAAGUCUUACAUGACCGAGUGGACCAUAUGAAUGAGGACCAGUUAGUGCGGCUAGCUGAUUAUUUGAAGAGGGCAAAAAAUGUUGAAAGCAUCAUCAAAGAAGGUAUCAUGGGGAGGGAUAAAAAAGAAGGCAACCAUGGUAUCCCAUUGGUCAGCAAAAUUCUCCACAAAAUAAAAAAAGAUAGCGAAUUGAUCACUCCAAAUAAUCUCGCAGCGGUGUAUUUAAACAUGCAUGAAGUUGUGAACAAAUUGUUGCCGUCCACAGUUAACAUUGCCUACGGGAAAGAUGACCCUCUAGUGAAGGGGCAGACGAAAAAUAAGUUGGAUCAGGAAGAUACCCAUGAGGAAGUUACUACUCCAGAGACGUUUGCAGAGAGGCAGAAUUUUACCACAAUGGGUAACGUCCCUAUUGGAGAUGAAAAGAACGGAUUGGUCAUAACGACAGGAGGUGCGUCGGAGAAAAACUCUCUUACGCAAGACGUGAUCAAAUUUUGUGAUAACUAUGUGAACAGCAUUUCGCACUUCCCAUCCGUCUUGAGCUUGUACCUUUUGUAUAUAAAAAAUGACGCGAUAAAAAAUAAGACAAUACAGGCAUUUGAAAAAAAAAUAAAAAUGAAUAAGCACAAAUUGACUCAGGACAACAUUUCAAAUAUAAUUCUGUCGUUGAGUAUUUACCCGUACCAUACGACGCAGAUGUUCACCUACUUGGAAAAUGUAAUUGGUGAAAAAUUAAACAGUGCGCGGGGACGCUCCGGGGAGAGCGCUGACGAAGCCGGGGUGAUGCGAUCAGUACAGGAAACAACGGGAGAGGCGGAGGCAGCAGAGGGCACAAUGGUGGAAAGUGAUGCAAACUAUGCGAAACACUCCAUGCAUGUGGACGCGAAUUACCUUAUUGACAUAUCACUCGCCUUUGGAAUCGCCGGGAGGAAAAAUAUAAACCUUUGGAAUUUUAUAGACGUUCGCAAAAUAGUUCUCACAUGUAGCAAAAAACUGCUCCUAUACCUAUCAUAUAGUUUUCUGCUGACCAAUUAUGUCUGCCCCGUGUCGUGGUUUUUCCUCAUAAAAAGGAUUGUUGAAGAUGUGAGGGCCUUCAACAAAAAGCAGUAUGAAUUAUUGUACGAAAUAUUGAAGUGUGCCAUGAUGUUUAAUUACAUAGACUUGAAUAAUUUUUACAGUGGGAAUUCAUUCGGUUAUGUAGAUCGGUGGAAAAGGAGUCAGCCAUUGGAAGACACUCCCUUAAACAGCUACACCAACAAGAAUGCUAACUCAGCUAGCCAUUUUCUUAAAACAUUUCAGUACCUUCUAAACACUUCCUAUUUUCACUACAAAAUGAAAUUGAUAAAUAAUCAGUACACUUCCAAAGUUCCUUACGAAGAGGUUUUUAAUUAUUUAAAAUUAAAGUAUGAGAAAAAUGUGGAAUUUAAACAGCUAUAUAUAAUGCCCUAUUUGCUCACUGACUAUAACGUCAUCAUUGACCCACUGCCCAGUACUCCUAUUCACAGAUCCAGUGGAUACAUCAUGGGAGAAAUACAACUCAAGCACAAAGUGUUUCAGUGUGACAACUACGUAGUUUUGUCUUUUUAUGACGGCAUGUGGGAUGAAUUUUUGAAAGCUCCCCGUGGAGGCGGAGAGGUUACUUAUGAUAUCAAAGCUCUAGCGGAGCACUUCAAAACAUACACCGAGUCCCACAUCAAGAUUAAGAUUAACAAGGCUGACACGGUUCGCACGGGUGUCGGUAUGAACAGCGGUGGUGCCAGUGCCAUGUCCGGCAACCACCCAAUUAGCGGAGCCAUUGCCCCCUUUGCGCUUGAAAACAAAACCAGAGCCGCGGGACCACCACCAGGAGUUAAUUAUCUCAAGUACAUUAGGAAAGAUUCCCCACAAGAGCAUAGAAUCAAGUACUUAACACACAAACCUAACAGUAUGAGCUCGAAUCAAGACCACAAUAAAUACUUAAAGAUUAAAACAAAAAUGACUAGGAAAGCGCCGUGA